AUGCGUCAAAAGACUAAAGAUGCGGCAGCCAACAUCCCAACGCACCCCAUCCCCGCCAUGCAGCCGGCCUUUGCCGAGUCUUUGAUCGAAGCGACCGAUGUGCCCGCUGUGGCAAAACCUAAACUCAGGUUUGCAGAGGCGAGGGAGCGCAGGAACUAUCUAUUAGACGGAGAAAAGGGGUCGAAAUUAUAUGGCGAGCUAUGGCGAUAUCGGGCGGGCCAGCGGUAUCACGAGCUCUGGAAGCUCAUGGCCCAAAUAUCGUUUGGUGUGUACCUGCUUUUAAAUGGAAUUGCGAAUAGCAAUGAACAGGUGGUCAACAUACUUCAAGAUCACAUCGACGAGGUUGAUGAAUUUCUAGAGACGACACUGGAGGAUGUCAAUCUCGCAAUUCAUGACAUUCGGGAACGCAUUGACCUUCUCAAGUUGCCCAUGGGAAAUAUCGAAACGUUUGAGCAGAUGUUGGAGGACCGAAAUUUUCGUUUGCAGAUAGUAAAUGGAAACGAGAAGAUCGAACAUAUCAUCUCUCGGACGACCACCUCCCUCGAAGCAACCGUUGGCGACGUUAAUGAGGGAUUAGCAGCCACUAAACAGUUUGCAACGUAUCUUGGUGAGCAGCAGGGUCGGGCUUGGUCUCAAAAGUUCCCAGAUGUCGUGGACAUAUUCGACGCUAUGAGGGGAAACGCUCAGGGUUGGUAUAAGGCCUUCCUCGAAUUGCAGGGAACAACAUCGACUUUGCGCAGUCUUCUGAAAAAGCUUGAUCGGAUGGUGGCUGAAAUGAAUUACCGCGCGGGUGAAGUAAGCCGCAGGACAAGGGCAAGUGUUGCGCCCUUUUCCAGCCCUAUAGAACCUCCGCCAAGGAGCAGCGCACGAACUUCAUCAACUCUAUCUUCCGACAGGCGCCCACCCAAACUUGAGCUUUCGAGGGGCGCAUCUCAGAAAUCUGCGUCAGGUUCAACUGCUACUAGAUCAACUGUGAUGGUUGUUCAAUUUAACGCUCCGCUAGAGCCAAUGUCUCCUGUAGAGCUAGAGGCGGAUAGUGUCCCGAAUCCGAUUGUGACGAUCGAGGAGGAGCCGAAACCUGAAAACGACUCAGAGAAAGAAUCUCCCGUGGAUGAAGGCCUUUUCAUUUUACAGCCGCGGACUUACACACCGCAGCCGCCUGCACCAAUACCCUCACCAAGAGUCCAAGAUCCGCCAGUUGAGAAGCAGGAGGAGCAACCGAAGAAGCGAACGUCUUUACGCCAGAGACUAUCUUCGAGGGGGAGCAAUCUACCGGAGGCUAUACAGGUUCCUCCCCGUAACGCUCCCGAGCUCCAGCGACCGAGGUACCCAGCUGUGCAGAAUCAGUCUCACCAUCAAUCCCCACGCUUAUAUCAAGGCCCGGACUCUGCGUAUAGUUCUGACAGUGAGGCUCGACCUAUACCGCCAUUGCCAAAUUUCACAACCACGAUACCUUCUCCACGUUCUGACCAACAACAUUAUUUCCCUGUGCGAGCGAGUCCCCAUUCGCCUCUGCAACAAAGACCAUGGACGUCGGGUACAAAUAUCCAACAAAACCACGUGCGGAAUCAACCAUCGGCUAUGGGGAUGAGCAUGUUAAGCAAUGUGACGACGCUAAGUCCAGAAAACAAGACACUGAAGAAAAAGAGAAGUGCAUUUGGAUGGUUGAAGAAGGCAUUUUCGCUUGACGACGAAGAGCGAGCCGAAUUCGAAGCCAGAAGGGCUCAGAAAUCUCCCAAUCCGUACUACGAGAGCCGAAGUCCACGGUAUCUGGACGGAAAACGUCUCCCGGAGUACGGGCACCAUUAA